UGCGAAAGGGGUCUAUACAUAAACAUAAAUGCUCUAAACAGUAACUGUUUAGAGUAUUUAUGUUGUAUAUUGAUCAUCAUAAAAUGUCUCUGCUCUCCCGCAGGUAGUGCAUUGAAGCCUCGACAAAGCAAUAAAUUAGUAGAUAAAAUAAAUAACAGCGCUCUCACUCCGAUAAAAUAUCAUGUCUUCCGUUCCUAGAGCCUUCUCGCCGCCAUCAUGAUAUGCAGCCAGCGGAGGAAAUUCGGCUCGGCUGCCAUCGCCGUGGUCUUCGUCGCACUUGUGCAUUUCAUGAUACCGAGGUCAGCAAGAAAUCAUCGGCCUUGGUACCAAUAUGACUUUUCCCGACACAGGAUUGACAAACACGUUUUUGAAUUUGACAUGUUGACCAGAACGGAGGAAAGGUACGCCACCAUGCUUCAGAAGCUGCAGGCCACCAUUAUUGGCCUGAGAGAUUUUCAAAUUUACCGUCUGCAAACCCUAGCUGGGAAGAAGAAUCUGGCAACCCUUUCCAAGUCCAGGGAUUUCUUGAGAAGUAUGGAGCUGGACAUAAAAAAUAUCAAGGAUCUCGUUGGCGUGAAUCAAAGCACUGCAUCCAACAUGCUCAAGCUACAGAGCUACGUCCAAGAAAGGAUACACACCUUACAAAAUCCAAGCGAUUGCGGCCGCUCGCCCAAGCUCCGAUGUGUCCUGGAUAAUCCGAGUGGAGCCGGAGCGGGCAUCCACGACCUGCUGUGGUGCUUCGUAGCCGCACUACGGAUGGGCAGGACGGUCAUCCUCGACAGCUCUCAGUGGCACUACGCGCCCGGAAAGCAGUGGGGAAGGACGUUCUUGCCGGUGGCUGGGCCGUCGUGCUCCAAUACGCGGUUGAAUAACACCAUCGAGAAGGGAUACCCCGGGAAUCGUUCCUCCGGCCCCGAUGAGCGGAGCCAGAUCCUGGAUCUACCUUCUACGAUUGUGGAACCUUUGGUGGGCAACCAUGGAAACCCGUACGCAUGGUGGUACGGGCAGAUAGCGAGCUACGCCUUCAGACUUCAAAACUCAACCCUGCAGAAGAUAAGGGAGCUCAAGGCGACUCUCGGUUACAUUCACCCUAUUGUUGGAGUUCAUAUCAGGCGCACCGACAAGAACGGCGAAGCAGCCUACCACUCGGUCGAAGAGUACAUGACUCACGUGGAAGAAUACUACGCCAAACUCUUGCUGACGACUCCCAUCAAAAGAAAGAGGGUAUUUGUGGCCACGGACGAGCGCCAGGUCGUCGUAGAGAUAAGGAAAAAGUUCCCAGACUAUGUGGUCGUUCACAAUACCGCAUCUUCCAGCCAGUGGCACAAAGUGGGGGCUCGGAGACAAAGCCGUUCGCUCUUCGGAGUCGUCAGCGACAUCCACUUGCUCGCCGAGUCUGACUUCCUCGUCUGCACCAUGUCUUCAGGGUUCUGCCGGGUGGCCUACGAGCUGAUGCAAGCCCGUCACCCCGACGCCUCCACGAUGGCCGCCUCCUUGGACGUGGAGUACUUCUACGCGUACGUUCCGUUUCCUCCCCGACGGACGUUGGGGGCCAACUGGCCCACGUUCGAGAACGAGCUGGGAUGGUCGGGACCGGGCGUGCUCGUCGAGAGGCCGGGGCCACUGGCGUCCUACAACGAGGCCAUGCUGAAGAAGUACGCCGACGGCUUCGUCACGGGCCGCGUCGCGAACCGCGCCGCCAACAACGAGACCGCCGUCUUCCCCGUGUUCAAGACCCUGCAGACGUACAGGGUUGCCCACUACAAUGCCUUUGCUAGCCUACCUUCUCUCUAGCGUCACUGAACCAUGACUAGAAGACAAGGCCUUUCU